AUGGACACAGCAUUCGCCACCGCUCUGACCGACCGCGAGCUCUUUGCACAGAAAGCUUAUGUCAAUGGACAAUGGGUAUCGUCAAGUUCACAGGCCAAAUUUGAAGUCCGAGAUAAGACCACCGACGCGGUGAUGGGUACAUGCCCCGAUAUGAACACGGACGAUCUAGAUGACGCGAUCCAAGCCGCCACUACCGCUUUGCCGGAAUGGAGCGCCUUGGGUAGCAGCAGUCGAGUUCGAUUUCUCCAGAAAAUAUCCCUCUCGAUGUUGAGCAAUAGAGCAGACAUUGGUCAAAUCGUCGCCACCGAGACGGGCAAGCCUGUCGCAGAGGCCGAAGCCGAGGUGGCCUUUGCGGCCUCCUUUUUCGACAGCUUGGCAGAGAAGAUCACCCGAGAGGACGUGAUCGGUCAAAGUGACAACCUGGAAAAGGCGGAAGAUACUGUUAUCGUCUGUGCGGUGGUUGUGCCGCGGGAAUUGUCGCUCGCGAUCGGUGCACGGAAAGUCGCUAUCGCUCUUGCGGCCGGGAGUACAGCGGUUGUCCUGCCCGAUGCGCGAGCCCCCUUCUCCUCGAAUGUCGUCGCGGUGUUGAGUGAGCGGGCAGGUCUCCCCAAGGGCGUCUUGAACGUUGUGUCGACACUGGGCAACACUGAACAGCUCAGUCUUGCCUUGUAUGGCUCCGCUACCCUUGGCCAGAUUCUCCUGCUGUAG